AUGAACGUCUUUAAAGCAGGAGGCAAAACCCUGGGGAUAGGUACCGAUAUAGUUCAUUUACCAAGGUUUAAGAGAUUACUGCAAAAGUAUCCUUUACGCCCUAAUCAUGAGAUACUACCCUUCAUGAAGAUCGCACGGAAGUAUAUGCAUCCUUACGAGAUGAACAAGAUUCAAGCAAUGGCAAAUGAACCCGAUAGCGCAACCCGCUCAGUAAUUUAUGCUGCUGGGAUAUGGGGAAUCAAAGAGUCAGUCCUGAAGGCGCUAUCAUGUUUUGUCCCUGCUGAAGACAUGCCAACAGCUCAAUCCAUUUACACAAAACUAGUUUUCAAGAGCAGCAUUAGUGGUGAGAGACCUCUGCUUCAGUUUGAUGACACGUACAAAGCCAUAGCGACUAAGAAAGAAGCCGUCUUUUACCAGAGGUACAUCGAGGCACCGCUGACACAGCCGUUGAUUUCAAUCUCUCACGAUGGUGAUUACCUCGUAACAUUUGCGUGUCUUGUGGAAGGUGAUAGAUACCAAAAAGUUUGA